GGAAUCAAACGCUCCCCAUAUGAAGCAACGUUUGGGAAUAAAAUGAAAAUGGGAUUAGCAAAUUCAAUUAUUCCAAAAAAUGUAUUACCAGGACUGCAAACAGAAGAGGAUUUAGAGGCAGCACUUACCGAACCAAAGGCAAAUAUAGUUGAAGUUGGUGAGAUAGAUGAAGAAGUUGAAAUCGAUGACGAUGUAGAGACACACGGAGAAACUAUAUAUGUAGAAACAAGGGACAUAGAAAAUAAAAUACCAGCACGGACACAAAAAAUUAAGCAACAUCGAGAAGAAUCACUCAUCGGCCUACAGAAACAAGCAAGACAAAUGUUGCAAAUGUCAAACAAGAAAAUGCCAAUUGUACUAAUUGGACAAACUGUCAAAAUUAAAAUUCCUGAAGUCGAUCGAAGUAAAAUUGAUGCCCGCACAUUAAUGUCUAAGGUGUUACAAGUCGUGGAUGCAGAUUUUUAUCGCCUGGGUACAAAAGCGGGAACACUCUCACAACUGUUCACUCGCAAUCAGUUCACCUUAUGUGAAGAAAAUUUUUUAGAAUCGGCAAUUAUACCAGAAAAUGAAAUUGGUAUUCGACAAGCAGUAUCGCAACUGUCUUUGACUGGUGGACAAGGACUAAUAAGGUGUGAUUGUUUGAAAAAAUGUGAAACAAACAGAUGUAAAUGCCGAUCUAAAAAUUUAUUAUGCAACUCGAGAUGUCACAGCAGCCAAGCCUGCACAAAUAAAUAAUUUUAUAAUACAAUUAAUUUAAUUAUAAUACAAAUAAUA